ACUACAUUCAGUCAGUCGGACACCAGCUAGAAGAGCAGAUAUUCAGCAUGGCUCUUAACAUCCCAGGAGUAAUAGCAAUGGUGUUUUUCUACCUGCUGGUACUUGGGACUGGCAUCUGGGCUUCUUUCAAAUCCAAAAGGGAAAAGAGGAAAAGUGAAGCCACUGGAAUGGAAAUGACACUGCUGGGCAACCGCAGCAUUAGCAUGGUGGUGGGGAUCUUCACAAUGACAGCUACGUGGAUUGGGGGAGGCUUCGUUGUUGGAACAGCUGAGAUGGUGUACACACCCUCUAUGGGACUAACCUGGGCGAUCAUGAUGAUGAUUGCAUACAGCUCAUCUUUUAUCACUGCUGGCUUCGUGUUUGCAAAGCCGUUGAGAGAAAGACACUGUGUGACGAUGCUGGACCCUUUCCAUGUCAAGUAUGGAAAAUCAUUAACAGCUGCACUAACCCUGGCUGCUCUUUUAAUGGAUCUACUGUGGGUUCCCACAAUACUUAUUGGUUUAGGAGGAAUUAUGAGUGUGGUCCUGGAUUUGUCCUACACUGUGUGCAUCUGGAUCUCUGCUGCCGUUGCCAUUACCUACACACUGCUGGGAGGUCUCUACUCUGUGGCCUACACAGAUAUUAUACAGCUUGUGCUCAUAUUUGUCAGCUUGUGGAUCUGUGUUCCCUUUGUUUUGAUGAGCCCAUACUCUUUGGACAUUGGACAGACACUGACGAACAACACCUUACAUGCUCCCUGGAUUGGUACACUGGGGCUGAAAAGGACCUGGAUAAUGAUUGAUAAUUUCUUAUACUUUGCACUGGGGAGUAUGGGAUAUCAGUGCUUCCACCAGAGGACCUUGUCGGCAUCUUCCACAUCCACAGCCAAGAUCACUUGCUUUAUUGCCGCUGCCAUCUUACCUACAUUUGGGAUACCUCCUAUACUGCUUGGGGCAGCUGCUGCAUCCACAGACUGGAACCUGACCUCCUAUGGUUCUCCAUCUCCAUAUGAACGUGGGGAAUCAGUUCUAGUUCUUCCCAUCACCCUGCAGCACCUCACCCCAUCUUUCGUCUCCAUUAUUGGUACUGGAUGUGUGGCUGCUGCCGUGAUGUCAUCAGUUGACUCUGCACUGCUUUCAGCAUCUUCUUUGAUCACCUCAAACAUAUACAAGAGCAUUCUCAGGCCUCAGGCAUCAGACAGAGAGACUCAGUGGGUGAUCCGUGCAUCUGUGUUGGUAGUGGGCUUGGUUGGUACAUCACUGACAAACCUGAAAAACAGCAUGUUGGUGUUCUGGUUCACUGGCGCUGAAGUGGCCUAUGUUGUAAUCUUCCCUCAACUUGUCUGCAUCCUCUUCUUCAACAUCUCAAAUGGUUAUGGGGCUAUGAUGGGUUUGCUGGUGGGAUUUGUGUUGAGACUGCUCAGUGGAGAGCCCUCACUAGGAUUACCACCAGUCAUACACUUCCCAGGAUGCACUCUUGAGGAUGGUGUUUAUGUCCAGUACUCUCCAGUGAAGACCAUCUCCAUGCUGUCUGCCAUUGCUGCCAUCUUGUUGUUCUCCCACCUGGUUUCUGUGCUCUUCAACAAAGGACUGCUUCCUGAGAAGUGGGAUGUGUUCAAAGUGAAAGCUCAGCAUUCACCCAAACCACUGACACCAACAGAUGGAGCCACAGAAAAUAAUGAAAAGGAGAAAUUAAAUAGAGACAACUCUCAGACCUUGGCUGCGGUCGAAUAGUCUUUUUUGCUUAGGAAGGUUCCUAACUGAGUGAAAUGAACCGGAAGUAUCUAAGUGGCAGCCAUGAUAAGAGCUGGUCAAAUUCUCUAAAUUUUAAGGAAAGGUGCUUCAAUGCUUCCUUUCUAAUAUCCUUUAGCAUAGGGUACACUGGACCAUCCUUUAAGAGAGGAAAGGAGAUAAUUCCGUCCCACAAGUCCUUGCGGCGGCAAUAUUUAAAGCGACCAAGCGACUCAUCAUUCACAAACUCACAUGAUUAGCAAAGAAAAAGAUCAACAUGACUGAGAAAGGAAGGAGAUCACCAUGUAAGUUACCGUUGUUUAUGGGGGAAUUGUUGGGUCUCUGUAAAUUCAAGAGUAUUAUCUAGAUCUCCUCUAUGUGUAAAGUGCCCUGAGAUGACUUCCUUUGUGAUUUGGUGCUAUAUAAAUAAAAUUGAAUUGAAUUGAAUUGAAAAAUAAAAAAGAUAAUCAAUGAAGUAACGUUGCUGUGCCUCAUGCGUAAAUGCGCAUAUACUUGGCAUAUCUGGAGAUUUAAAUAAUCAAUGAAUUUACUGCUUCCCACUUUUUAUUCCCCUGUACAGUGUUUCCCUGCAGAGCUACAUAACAUCAUAACAAAAAAUACAAAAGACUGUAACGUUAAAAGAUAUCUGCCUGAAGUUAUUAAAUACUUGCAGCGAGCAAUUAUUAUUAUAAUUAUAUUUAAUAUUAUUAUUAAUAUUAUUAUUUAUCUGUCUAUCUAUGCAGUAGGGGCACAUAAUAUUGAUAUAACAGUAAAGGCCAAACACAAGUUGGUUACUGGUUGUGGUCUAAUUUCUAUUCCAAUUGCCCAUUUGAAGAAGAAAAUGGAAAAAGCACGUGGAUUUCCAUUAUUUUUUUAUUCACACGGAAAAACAAAAUAAUGCAUUUAAUAUUUUUUUAUCCUGUUAUAAAACAAACAAGCUGAACACAGCUGUGGGCGGAGGGAACAUGCACCCGUAACAUAUGCUCACUUUGCUUCAGUCAUUUAUUCAUUUGAGCGUUGUUGUAUUGCCAGCCUUUAGUAAUAUCAUUAAUUAAUUUUACUACUUGGGAUUCAGAUGGUGAGUGUGAGCAAACAUUCUCAAUGUGACAAUUUUUUUUCAGUUUGUGGCUGGUAGCCUAUAUUCCUUUUUGAAAUUCAGUUCUGACCUUAGUUAUGAAACAAUAUCUUUCGUGUUGUCCACGUUUAUAUAUUCUGCAUGAAUCAACACAAUGAGAACGUACGGGAUGUAUUAUCUAAGACGCGCUUUCUGUAGUCCAUCUUCAGAACAUUGUAGUUUCACCGCAGCAGGCCCACAUCAAUAACAUCCGCCGUCGCAUCAUUACAUAGCCCAGUGUAAGUGCAGUUGGAUUCUCUCAGCACCACAGUUGUCUUUUCCUAAGUCCUUAUGAAAUCUCCUUCACAUCUCCCCUUGACCCCGUGACAUUUUCCAUCAAGGUCAAGGAAAAGUGGUUAAGAAAAGACGAUAGAAGAGACUUUUCAACCACAGCCCUUGUCAUCAAAGCCGAUGAUUAGCACCAGCUGUAGGUGUUCAUGUGUGUAGAGAAGUAUCUGUUUCUUGAAGCAUAAAAUAGACUAAAUAUUAGAGGUGGGGGAAAAAAUUGAUACAGUGUAGUAUCGUGAUAUAUUGCGUGCUGAUAUUGUAUCAAUAAAGUAUCAAUAUUUUAGCAAAGAUGGUGUUCAAUGGUAAAGUAAUGAGGUGACAAUAUGAGCAGAACUCCAAAAGACGAGUCACAACCAGGUGCAGGGACUUUGUUGAUCUCAGCCUCACAGGGAAUUAUUUUAGAUCAUUCGCAGUCAUCACCUUAGGUCUGUCUUUCACUGUACAGUAUCACUAGCCAUGUUUCCAUCAGCCUGUUUAGAUCCACAUCUAGAAGUAUUGCAUUGGAAAAUUAUGAUGGAAACACCAAAAUAUAGAAUUAAAAUCCCCACAAACGCACAAACUAAAAUACGCUCACUUUAGCCAGGUUUUGGUUGAUUCAAAAAAAUGUUGAUUUGCAAAACGGGGGAUGGAAACAGUUAUGUUCAAAUUAAGUCUGACGUAGCACGUCUCUCUCCAUGGUGAUAUCCACACUCCGGGUUGGGAAGGCAGUAAUGCAUUUACAAGCUGGUUGCCAAGAAAACAUAGAAGAAGAAUGCGAGACUUGUUUUGUUUCCGGUUCUGUGGAAAACUCCCACAAGUUCGUAGUUUUCACCAAAGUCCGUACAUUUAAUGGAAACACACAGGAUUCGUAUUUCUUUUAAUGCGCAUUUCCCAAUGAUUCAAAUCACUUUUGGAUGGAAACAUAGCUACUGAAUUAGAGGAGGUGUCUAUCCCGUCCUGGUACUCCUCUGCUAUGCAGUCCCUGAUUUCUAUAAUACACAGUCACUCAGUCAGUUGGACAUCAGCUAGUGGAGACAAUCAGCAUCCAUCAUGGCUGUUAACAUCCCAGGAGUCCUGAUCUUCAUCCUCUAACCGCUUCAUCCUCUUGAGGGUCGCGGGGGGGCUGGAGCCUAUCCCAGCUGACAUCGGGCGAGAGGCAGGGUACACCCUGGACAGGUCGCCAGACUAUCGCAGGGCUGACACAUAGAGACAGACAACCAUUCACACUCACAUUCACACCUAUGGACAAUUUAGAGUUAUCAAUUAACCUAGUCCCCAAUCUGCAUGCCUUUGGACUGUGGGAGGAAGCCGGAGUGCCCGGAGAGAACCCAUGCUGACACAGGGAGAACAUGCAAACUCCGCACAGAAGGGCUCCCACGCCCGGGAUUGAACCGGCAACCCUGUUGCUGUGAAGCGAGAGUGCUAACCACCACACCACCGUGCCGCCAAAGUCCUGAUCUUGUGACAGUUAUUUUGGAUACCCUUGUGGUUCUCAGUUCAGAGGCCAAAUAAUGAAACCUUGUUAAUAAACCUUGCUAGAA